AUGGGAGACAACCAGGGUAAAGGCAAAGAGAUAAGAGAUGGAAUGUCAUUUGUUAGGGACAGUGAGAAGAAGAAGAGACGUCUCUCUUGUCUCUCUCCUUCCUCUGUUGCCGCCGCCAUCAUUGACACCGGCCGCGUACAGCCCAUCAAGCUGGCUCGGGGAACCAAGGUUCUGGGCCAAACCGGUUCUCAGAGCCAGUGCACCCAGGUGCGUGUGGAGUUCAUGGACGACAUGAGCCGCUCCAUCAUCUGCAACGUGAACGUGCUCACCCUGCUCGAGUCAGAACACGAGGCCCGGAGGCUGAGAUGA